AUGGCUGACCUGCCAGAGGCACCGGCUGAACCGGAGAUAGCGACUUCGGCAGAAAUCCGGGACGCGGCGCCUCCGGCUGAAGGACCGGCAACAGCGCAGGAAAUCUCGGUCGGUUUCGGUGACGAUGCGAGCCUGACGGAGCGCGCGGUUCAGCUCGUUAUCCUGCUGACCGUUCUGUCCCUUGCUCCUUCCAUCCUUGUCAUGGUGACCAGUUUUACGCGUAUUGUUGUCGUUCUGUCGUUGCUUCGGUCUGCCAUCGGGCUUCAAACAGCUCCGCCCAACAUGGUCAUGGUCAGCCUCGCGUUGUUCCUUUCAGCCUUCAUCAUGAUGCCGACCUUGCAGGCCGCCUAUGAUGCCGGGGUCCAGCCGUUGAUCGACGGCGAUAUCGAAUUCGAUCAGGCCUACGAGCGGGCAUCCGACCCGUUCCGGACGUUCAUGUUGUCCCAGGUCCGGGAGAAGGAUCUGGCGUUGUUUCAGGAAUUGUCAGGCCAGGACACCCCGGAAGGGCCCGAGGACCUGUCCAUGUCGAUACUUGUCCCGGCAUUCAUGAUCUCCGAACUCAGGCGCGCUUUCGAAAUUGGAUUUCUGCUUUACCUCCCCUUCCUGAUCAUCGACCUCGUUAUUGUUGAACGCGAGCUGUUUUCAAGAAUUGUCCUGUCGGUCUUCGAUCAGCUCGACAAGGAAGCCCGGUACGAACUUGUUGUCAGACUUGCCAAGACUGACCGGAUCAUACCCGACCUGGCCGAUCGGCUCGCCCAGGAAGACUACGAACUUUCCGAACCGGUCAUCGAGUGUUCACCCAUGAUCAGCCAACCGGCCCUGAUGCGCAUUGCCAGGACCGGCGGCAACGACAAGAGGCUGUCGGUUGCGCGCCGCGCUGAUCUGAAUGAGGAAAUCUCCGACACCCUGGUUGCACGAAGCAGCCGUGACGUGGUUCAUGCACUGCUGGACAACAAGGAUGCCCCCUUUUCCGUCAAGGGAACGCUUGCACUGCUGAUCUUUGCCAACACGGAAAUUGAAGUGCUGGCUGGAAUUGCAAAACGCGCCCUGAAGGAUGAAGAGUUUCUGGAAACCCAGAAACUGGUUCUGGAAACGAAUUGUCCGCUCAUUCCCGCGCCGCUCCGGAAAGCCCUUGAAACCGGGGAUCUGGAACGCCUUGCGACCACGAUCGGUGAUCUCGAACGCGACGGGGACAUCGAGAUCGACGGUGUACUCUACUCGCGGCACGAGGCCAGCAUCCACAUCGCGAAUGGUGAAAUGUCCUUUGACGCGAUCCUGCGAACACUAUUCGAAGAUGAUCGCAUCGAUGCGGCAAUCUGGUUGAUUGGACGAAAACUCAAUCUGAGCGACGAUGUUGUUGCAGAUACACUGAAAUCGGAUGCCGACGGGGCGAUCAUGCGUCUUAUGCUGCAAACCGGCAUCGACGAGAAAACCUAUCGGGAUUUCCUCAAGGCCCGCUGCAAGUGGCUCGACCGCAACUCCCGCACCAUCCCCGAACUGGUUAUGCGUUACAAGGCGGAGCUGAAGAAGCCGCGCGCGAAUGCCGAUGCCUCCUUCGCCGGAAGUGCUCUCAACUGA